UAUAAAAUGGGGAACUCUUCUUGCUGCCAUACAGCCAAGGAUUCAUCAUACCAGUACAACAGAGACACUUUUACAGGGGCUAAUGAAUACUCCAACUUUAUCAUUUAUGAAGGCAUGAAUAGAAUUACAGAGAAAUCUGUAAGACUAGAAGAUAGGGUUAGUCUCUCAGAAGGAUUUCCCUCCACUAAGAUGAAAGAAAUGGGGAUGAACAGAAAAACUCAAUCGAACAAGAGAGGCCUUCUACAAAAAAAAGGAAAAUAAGAAAUCUAUAAAGAAUGUGAGGUUCACCUGAAUAAAACCUAUCGAGGAAGACAUACCAGUGUUCGAGGGUUCACAAGAAAGGAAACUUGAUCAAGCAAGCUCAAAUAACACAAUUUCUGUUAGAAAUUAUGCAUAGUGUAGCCAAUUACAGAGGAAGUAACUAAUUUGAUGCCUAGAAAUCCAUAAAACUACUAUAUUUCGUUUAGAAG